GCAUAACAUCGUUUACAGCUAUUGUGAAUGUUGAGGAAUAUUUCCAUCUUCAAGAGAAGAAGUGUUUCUAAACAGGUUUAUCUUCUGAAGUCUCCAUUAUAUAAUACAGUAAAUAUGGAGUUUAUUAAAGAGGAGAGUGAGAACAUGAGUGAUCCUGAACAAUGCAGAAUUAAAAAUGAAGAAUCUGAAGAACAAACAGGCCUGUUGGAACUAAAUGAAGCGGAGGAGAAAAAACAUCCUUUCACAACUGGAGAAAAACUUUCAGUUGCUCACAGACUGAAAAACAUUCUUUCACCUGCCCUCAAUGUGGAAAGAGUUUCAAAGAAAAAGGAGCUCUUACUAAACACAUGAGAAUCCACACCGGAGAACGGCCUUUCAAAUGCACCGAGUGUGGAAAGAGCUUCACAUAUCAGACAAACUUCAAAAAUCACGUAAGAAUCCACACUGGAGAGAAGCCUUUUUCAUGUCCCCAGUGUGGCAAAUGUUUCUCACGUAAAGAACAUCUUCAGAUCCACAUACGAUUCCACAUUGGAGAGAAGCCUUUCCCAUGUCCUCAGUGUGGAAAUAGUUUCAUAAAUAAAGGAGAUCUUAAUAGACACAUGAGAAUCCACACUGAAGAGAAACCUUUUACAUGCACUCAGUGUGGAAAGGGCUUUAAAUGUAAAACAGGCCUUAAAAACCACACGAGAAUUCACACAGAAAAGAAGCCUUUUACUUGUCCGCAGUGUGAAAAGAGUUUCAUGUCUAAAGCAAACCUUCAGGAUCACAUACGAAUCCACACUGGAGAGAUGCCGUUCUCAUGCCAUCAGUGUGGAAAGAGCUUCAGAUACAAAAACUGUCUCAGCGAUCAUCUGCGCCUCCAUUCUGGAGAAAGAUCUUUUAACUGUGAUCAGUGCGGUAAAACUUUUGUCUUGGCAACAGGCCUAAAACAACACCUGAAAACUCAUGCAAAUGAGAAGCCUUACUUGUGUUCCAUUUGUGGAAAAAGUCUUACAAGUCUGUAUUGCUUAAAAGAGCACCAGAAAAUACACACCGGUGUGAGAGAUCAUGGAUGCUCUGAGUGUGGAAAAUCCUUCAUUACAAUUAGUGGCUUGAAAAAGCACCAAAUAAUUCAUACUGGAGAGAGACCUUACACGUGCCCACAUUGUGGGAAGAACUUCAGUCGAUCAGGAACCCUGAAAACACACGAGCGAGUGCAUACUGGAGAGAAACCAUACCACUGCACUUUAUGUGGGAAAACUUUCAACCAAUCAUGUAAUCUACAGACUCAUAUGAAAAAGCGUUGCCCAAAAUCACAACGUGAGCAAAGUUCCUCUUCAGGUCCAACAAGUAACGUUUUUGAAAUUCAGAUAAACCAAAACAUGGACUUUCUCCCAACAGAUACAUCAAAUAUAACAAAUAAAAAAGUAAAACUUGGGGUUCACGAGUUAAUUGUUGACAUUUUUGUUUUAUUUGUAGGCCUAUUGGAAAUAAAUGAAAUGGAGGAGAAUAAACAUCAGUAUCAGAAACCACGUCAAAGGACAAAUGUAGAAAAAUCUUUUAGGUGCCCACAGACUGAAAAACAUUCAGUCACAUGCCCUCAGUGUGGAGAUACUUUCAUACGAAAUGUAGAUCUUAAAAAACAUCAAAGAGCCCACACAGGAAAGACUCUUCACACGUGCACCGAGUGUGGAAAGAGCUUCAGAUAUCAGAAAAACUUUGAGAAUCAUGUUAGAAGUCACACCGAAAAGAAGCCUUUUUCAUGUCCUCAGUGUGGAAAAAGUUUCUCCUGUAAAGAACAUCUUCAGACUCACAUACGAUUCCACACAGGGGAGAAGCCUUUCACCUGCCCUCAUUGUAGAAAAAGUUUCAAACAAAAAGAAAAUCUUACUAGACACAUAAGAAUUCACACUGGAGAGAAGCCUUUUACAUGCACUCAUUGUGGAAAGAGCUUCCCCCGUAAUGAACAUCUUCAGACUCACAUAAGAGUACACACCGGAGAGAGGCCUUUCCCUUGUCCUCAGUGUGAAAAAGGUUUCAGAAAUAAAGUAGAUCUUAAUAGACACAGGAGGAUCCAUGCUGAAGAAAAGCCGUUCAAAUGCCUCCAGUGUGGAAGGAGCUUCACAUGUAAAGCAAACCUUCAGGAUCACGUGAGGAUCCACACUGGAGAGAUGCCGUUCUCGUGCCAUCAGUGCGGAAAGAGCUUCAGAUACAAAAGAAGUCUCAGCGAUCAUCUGCGCCUCCAUUCUGGAGAAAGAUCUUUUAACUGUGAUCAGUGCGGUAAAACUUUUGUCUUGUCAUCAGGCCUAAGAAAACACAUGGAAACUCACAAGAAGCCUCACUUGUGUCCUACUUGUGGGAAAAGUCUUACAAGUCGGUACCGGUUAAAAGAGCACCAGAAAAUACACACCGGUGUGAGAGAUCAUGUGUGUUCUGUGUGUGGAAAAUCCUUCAUGAGAAGUGGCAACUUGAAACAGCACCAAAUAAUUCAUUCUGGAGAAAACCUUACACGUGCCCACAUUGUGGGAAGAACUUCAUUCGAUUAGGAACAAUGAAAAGACACGAGCGAGUGCAUACUGGAGAGAAACCAUCUAAAUCUACAGGUUCAUUUGAAAAAGCGUUGACAAAAAUCACAAGUUCAUGUUUCGGUCCAACAUAUUAAGGUUUAGACAUUUAAAUAACCCCCCCCCCCAAAAAAAAAUUAGGGGCUGGUUUACCCCUGUCUGUUUGGCCUCAGUAAUAUCAUUGUAUUAAAGGAGAACAGUUGUUCACAAAAAAUAAAG